GAGGGCGCACGCCCCGAUCCCAGCUACACAGCUGAGUGGGCUUUAAGCAGUCACGAACGAGUCCUCGUUCGUUGCAGCUGCACCGAUCGUAGCUCGGCUCUUUGUCUCUCUUUUCUUCCUUUACCCUAAUACAAGUUCUACAUAUCCUUGUCUAGCGUCCCUCCUUCUCUAUCUCUCCAUCUAGCUUUCCUUUUUUCUUUCUCUUUCUCUCCCCUUCCCAACCAAUCUCACUCACCUAGCCUUUCCUCCGCCGUUCGUCCCGCUUUCGAUCCGCUGUAUGCGAAUCUUGGUGCAAAUCCUUGCAAUUUCUCGCGUCGCGCGUGUCAACGUCGAAAAGGAAUGAUCCUCGGCAACGCCGUCCUUAAUUCGUCUCUUUCGAUCUCGAUACGGAACGUCCUAUGCUAACGCGUACCUGUUGGGCUCCAUGAUCGGUGAUACAAAGUUUGGGGAAUGAGUUUAGAUCUGAAAAAUGGCAUGCGUCCAAUGUAUAUCGUUCCAUCCUCGUUGAGGAUCGCCUAACGAUUGCCGAAAAUAAGUAAGAAAAUUGAAGGUGUCUUUCUCGAAACAAGAGAGAAAAAAAGAAAAAACUUAACUACGACGUUGGCAGUGGUGGAAAAAUGUCGAGGAUAUUACUAGCAGGAUUCUACCUGCAACCCACGGAGCCGGGCCUGAAGCUCGGCACCACUUGAACGUCACCCGUCGGAGAAGAGAGCAAAUGAGCAGGACGCGGGAUGGGCAAGUCCUGGCUCUUGGCUCUAUUUUCUGCGAGGAUGACGACGAUGACGACGAUGACGACGAUGACGAUGAUGGCAUACGUCACGAUGGCGGGAGCUGGUACAACCUCGGCGCCGUCGUUGUUUACGACCGCUACAACGACCACCACCAGCACCGCUACCACCACCAGCAGCAGCAGCAGCAGCAGCAGCAGCAGCACCACCACUACCAGCACUACCACCAGCACCACCACCAGCAUGGACAGUAAAUUCGACGGCAAAAAACUAACGGAUAUAGAGGAAGCUCUGGACGUGAUCGAGGCAGCAUCCAGCGGAUCGUUGGGGGACGAGUGCGCGAGUACGGCAGGCUUCAAGUCGUUGCCAGCUGGCGCGUCUCUCGAUCCACGUCGUUACGACACGGCACGUCAGAAAACGGAUAUGACGGCCAUGAUGCUUCAAAACCUCGGCCCUUCCAGUGUUGCACGACACAACGGUUUUUUGGGCGUCUUGGCGAAAUCGUUGCUCCUUUCGGUGAACGACGCCGUGGAAGCAAGAGUGAUCGCAUUGAACGCAUCUACCGGGACGGUGAUAAACGCCGUGUGGCUCAAGAGGAGUCCCGGAAGCGUGGGCGAACCGAUCGAGGUCGAAGGCCAUGCUCUACAGGCAGGAUCCAGGCCGGAUCCGAGUCUACCCUGGUUCGAAAAUGCUGGUGCUAGCUCGGGAUUAAGGUCACCGAAGUUCAUGCAGUCACCGCCGAUUGAAUCCUACAGGGGUUGGUGGACCAUCCCGUAUUUCUCCUGCAAGACUCGCCAAUGGCUCAUCUCGUACAGCGUCAACGUGCGCCCCCCGGAUUCUCGACAUGGUGUGCGAGAAUUUUUGAGCAUGGAUAUUGAUAUCAGCGGCUUGGAGGUGAAUCAAUGCAAUGCAUCCCCCUAUGGCGAUAGCGCAUCGUCGAGUAAUCAAAUAGCAUCCUUUAGAGGCACCCACAAGUGUCAGGACGAUACGACGCAGUGCGAGUAUCAUAGUCCCAACGGCAAGAUCAACGAACACGGAGUUGGCGCUGGAUGGGCAAAGGGCGCUUACGUUUGCAAGUGUCGACAGGGUUUCUACCCUGGUACGAAUCUCCAACGGGGAACCGGCUUCGAUGGGAUUCUCGUUGAAGCGGCAUGGAAAGAGAUGCAAGAGAAUAUUAGCGACUAUUACGUGAAAACAUUUCGAUGUUUACGCUGCGCCCCGGGAUGUGCCAGGUGUAAAGGACCGGAGCCAUGCUUGGCUCCUUACAAUUGGCCCUUUAGGAUCACGCUGCUGGGAUUCUCCAUAUUUUGCGUCUUCGGUACCGUCGUCCUCGUGGCCUAUGUUUACCAACAUCGUAAGCUCAAAGUAUUCAAAGUCGCCUCGCCUAUAUUCCUGUCCAUCACCCUACUUGGUUGCGCCAUAAUGUAUCUCGAGAUGGCGGCUAUAUUCCCGGUACUCGACAUGUACUCGUGCAUAGCCACGAAAUGGACCAGGCAUCUCGGCUUUUGCAUAUCUUAUACAGCCCUGCUGAUGAAGACUUGGAGAGUAUCACUGACCUAUCGCGUUAAGAGCGCACACAAGGUCAAACUGACGGACAAGCAAUUGUUACAAUGGAUGGUACCGAUAUUAUUGGUCAUGUUGAUAUACCUUGGCACAUGGACGCUCAGUGCGCCACCGUACGCGGAAGUGAUAGCCGAUAAACUCGGUCUGAAAUUUUAUCAAUGCUCUUACAAUUGGUGGGAUCACAGCCUGGCCAUUGGAGAGAUCCUAUUUCUCGCCUGGGGCAUAAAAGUCUGUUACAACGUACGAAACGCCGAGAGUCUCUUCAACGAGGCACGACUGAUAAGCACCGCCAUUUAUAACAUAGCCGUCGUUAACAUCCUCAUGAUCUCCAUACACCUCUUCCUCUUGCCGCACGCUGGACCGGACGUGAAAUAUUUCCUGGGCUUCGUUCGUACUCAGUUUUCGACUUCCGUCACUAUUUAUCUCGUAUUCGGACCCAAGGUAAUACGAGUUCUUCGAGGUCAGGGAGAUCAAUGGGAUAGCCGGGCGCGAGCCCGAGGCGUCACAGCGAGUUUCUCGCUAAACGGAAUCGGCUUGGUGCCCGAAGAAACGACCGAUCUCUAUCAGGAGAACGAGGAACUGAAGGAAGAAAUACAAAAGUUGGCGGCUCAGAUCGAGUUUAUGAAAAUCGUUCACAUGGAGAUGCACAACAGGCACAUCAAGCCUAAAGUAGGCGGAUAUUUCAGCGCCCAUGGCCACCACACUCACGGUCAUCCUUCGGCGGCGCAAAGUCCGAUAGGCAAGAGCUCGACCGCCAGUUUUAUUUUAAAACAGAGCGCGGUGGAACGAGGAGCGUCAGCGGCCGCGGCCGCGGCUGUCGAAGAUUCGACCUUUCCUUCGGGGAGCUUGCAUCGAGCUAGAAGAAUGGAGAUGCUUCGAGAGAGGAAGGCCGGAAAGGAGAGGGAGAAGGAGAAAGGAAAGGAGAAAGAAAAGAGAGAGAGAGAGAAAAGGGAAAAGGAAAAGGAUACGUCUCAGCAGCAAGAAGCGGAACAGAGGGAGCUACCUCAUUCGAGCUGCGAAAAAGUCUGACUAGUGGUUAACAGCGAAGAGAUAUGGUUGUGACGAAGACAAUACAUCGAUUCGGCUGAAAAGUCAAAGAAGAGACGAAUACGUUCUCGUGCGUCCUCCUCGCACGAGGAAGAAAGGGAAAGCACUCGAAAGUGCUUGUCUCUUGAUGAUGUCGACCAGGACGACAGGUUCCCUUCGAACGGACGAUUCACACCUGGUCGUCUCGUCUCGUACGUCUCGUUCCUUUGAAACCUUGGCUAAUCGGCUCUUUCCAAGAUGACACACUCCUUGAUCAUGGACAGGCAGAGAGAGAGAGAGAGAGAGAGAGAGAGAGGGGGGGGGGGGGUUAGAGUCCCUGAAAAGUGAUCUGUAAACGAUCGUAUCGAUGAAGAUGCGACGUCGACGAACUUUCCUUUUUGGGGCGGGUGGGGUGGGGGGGGGGGGGGGAAGGGGAAAGACGAGAACAAACGAGCGAGCCGAAUUUUUCUAUUCGAUUAAAUCGUUGAAAGUUCAUAUCUAGAUAUGACCAUAUCACGCGUGCGAUCUUUUCUCAUUUAACAGAGCAGCCUUCUAAUCAUUCACCUUCUACGUUCGAAGGUAAUACUCGCGAGUAUGAUCGAAUGAAGAGAAAGGAUAAGAAGAGAAAGGGAAGGAGAGCGAAAGGUCGCAUUCGAUUCGACCAUCGGAAUCAAUCGGUACAUUGACAAUAUGUCUAGUAAAAGCGACGAAAGGGUCGUUCGCCGCUUUCUUUUUAUACUUUCACUUAAAGUCGAGUAACCCCGACGUAAUUAGGUAUAUAACGUAUAUUCCCCGAUUCGAAUCCUUCUUCGUUUGAGGAACGUCCGAUUCGCGAUAAAAGCAAUCUGUGACGAAAUUAUCGAAUAAUCGAUUGCAACGUCGAAGAGAGCAUGCAUCGUUAUUAUAUGUCAUCUCACAAGUACAAAUCAUUUUACGACAAUAAGUGCUUGCGUGCUCGAUUUUCGAGGGGAAAGUCUGACAAGUUUCUUCUUGCGUUAACCGAUUGCAAAAUCAUGCGUUUAUCGUUUCUAUGAAAGAAAGAAAGAGCGGAGAGAAAAAAGAACAAGUAAGACAUCGUCGGCCCUUCUCGUAAGCCGAACAAUUUUCACUUAACCGUUGCAUUAUAUACCGUUGCAAAUAUACCGAGAAAAAUAAGAAAUAGAAAGCAAGAUGUAUCGCUGUUUCUAUCUGACGUAACAUAUGUUAAUCGUAUUUAUAUCGUUGCCGUUGAUUAUGCGAUUUAAUCGACACGUAACAAGAGACUCGCAAUUAUAUUUACGUAGGUAAAAGCGCGCGAUAAGACCCACGUACUUACCCACGUAGAUGCGUAAUUACGUGCGUAGAGACGAGGCCGAUCGAUACGAACGAUCUCACGAUCGAUUCGUCGUACAAAUCUAUGAAUGAAGUAGCAACGCGGAUGGACGUCGCUUUGGUCUUCGCCAAUUGUUAAGAUUGAAGCGAUCGAUUAAAAUUAACGUUUCGGGAGGGAGAAUAAGAAAAUGUUCGCGUAUCAAGAUCGAAUACCGAUGAAGGACGAAAACCGAGAAGCGUAAAGCGUCAAGUCAAUUUGAAAAUUUAAAGCGUGUAGCGUGUAAGAAAGCGUGUCUGGUCGAUACAGCCUUGAACGAUAAAGUCACGAUAAGGUCGCUGUAGGCACGAGUAAAUAAUACGUAUGAGGAUUAUGUAGGAUCGCCGCGGUUUUCUUUUUCCUCCGAAUAUAGUUUCUAACUGAAGCACAAGCGACUUUAUAUAAGUAAAUAAGUAAAUUAACAAUUAAGAAAAAGUAACAUGCUGUAGUAUACACGCAACGCGUAUGUCGCUCAGUUAGUAAGAAAAAUAAGAAAAGAGAUAUUGUGUACGUGCUGCUUAUUAAACGCGAUUAUAGCUUAGUCGUAGGACGAGGAUGAAAGGCGAUAGAAGUGCGUUCAAAUAGACGCGUAUGACUACGGACAGAGAGGAAUCGCGAGCGAGAGAUAUGUUCCUCGAAUGACAACCGGCAAUCCAGACGAAAAUGUGUUGUACGCUUGCGCCCAGUUAAGCGAUGUUACAAUUUUCAUUAUAUCGUCGCCAUUUUUAUUCCCAUUUUAAUCGUUGCUUUGAAUCUCGACGUUAACGAUCUCCUUAAAUACGAUCAUUUUGUUUCGUCGGCGCGUAUCCAAUCGAUACUCAUCGAGCGCAAUAUGUUUUCUUAUAUUUUGUAAAGAAAAAAGAAAAACAAAGAAAAAACAGAAAAAAAGAAAAAGAACAAAAAGAGAGAGGGAAAAGAGGAUAUUUUCAAGAGCAGCACAAGCAGACUUUGUUCGAUCCGGUGACAACCACAAAGUGGACGUUAAAAUAAAUGUGAUAUGUAAA